UGAAAACGGAAGUGCUUCGACGUAGUUUCCGGUGAGUGCAUAUUUUUCUUCCACCACGAACACAGGAUUUCACGCUGGUUUAUAAGUGGAAAACAACGAUUUCCUUCUUCAUUUAGCAAUCCCCUUAUAGAAAAAGGGUCCACGUUCAGAAAUCAUGUCGCACACUAUUUUGCUUGUCCAGCCCACCAAGAGACCCGAGGGCCGCACAUACGCGGACUACGAGUCGGUGAACGAGUGCAUGGAAGGAGUUUGCAAGAUGUAUGAAGAACAUCUAAAGCGGAUGAAUCCCAACAGUCCCUCCAUCACUUAUGACAUUAGUCAGUUGUUUGAUUUCAUUGACGACCUGGCAGACCUGAGCUGUCUUGUGUACAGAGCGGACACUCAGACGUACCAACCAUACAACAAAGACUGGAUUAAAGAGAAGAUAUAUGUCCUGCUGCGGCGUCAGGCUCAGCAGGCAGCAAAGUAAAGGUUUCUUUAACGUGUGCACAAAUCCAGUGGAUCUGACAAGUCAAAUGGAGAAGGGUUUUGUAUUGUACUAUAAAAAAGUAGUGGGUUUGAAAAUAAAAAUAGAGUAGAGAAAAGAAGCUUCGUUCCUCAUUUUGACUUUCUAAUUGUCAUACGAACCUUUCUAAUAAAUUGGCAGGAUCAGACAUGAUUGCCACUAUAAGGAAAGCAUAGAAAAUGCUUAAAAAAUUUGAUUAAAAAUGCUUUUCUUUGUAAGCAUCUUUUACUUUCGAGGAAGAGGAGAACGAAUACUCAUGCUUUAUUUAUGUCACAGAAGGAUUUGUUUUCAUUUUUGCCAUUGAGCCCUGAAUAGUGUUGUAAAAUGGUGUUUUGUAAACCCUUUUGUUUCACUCGGCACGGAACUUUUUCCAUGUUACUUUUGAUUUUUACAAAAUAAACUGUUUUCUGACUGUUCUCAA